CUAAGGCACAAACUUCAUCCGGACGAACCGUCACCGCGGAGCGAGUGGCAGUGAAGCGGCCUCAGAGAUGCAGUGAAGCGGCCUCAGAGAUGCAGUGAAGCGGCCUCACGGUGAUGAGGAAGCGGACCCACUCGCUGACUGCGGAGAAGGACCGCGGCACCACCGGCUCUGUGCUGGACAGCGACCCGGACCUGAAGCAGCGUCCCGGCAGCAGAGCAGCGGGACCCGGGGACCGGCAGGGCCCGGAGGAGGAGCAGGGGAUCAUGGGUAAACCGUUCAGGAGGCUGAGUCUUCUGGGGAAGAUGCAGAGAAUCAUGUUGUGUCUUCUUCUUGUCUACAUCUCCAUCCCCUUCAUCAUCAAACUGUGUCCGUCCAUCCAGGCCAAACUCGUCUUCCUCAACUUCGUGAGAAUGCCGUUGUUCAUCGACCUGAAACGACCUCUGGACCAGGGGCUGAACCACACACACAACUUCUACCUGGAGCCUGAGGCUGGACUCAGGAUCGGAGUCUGGCACACGGUUCCCGCCCAUAUGUGGAGAGACGCUCAGGGGAAAGACGCCGACUGGUACGACUCCAUGUUUAGCUCCGCCCACCCUGUCAUUCUCUAUCUCCAUGGCAACGCAGGAACAAGAGGAGGAGACCACAGAGUCCAGCUGUACAAGGUCCUCAGUUCAUUGGGCUACCAUGUAGUCACGUUUGAUUACAGAGGCUGGGGCGACUCAGACGGGUCUCCAUCAGAGGACUGGAUGACGUCAGACGCUCUGUUCGUCUACGACCGACUGAAACAACGACUCGAUAAAACAUCGCUUUAUAUCUGGGGACACUCUCUGGGGACAGGAGUUGCCACCAACCUAGUCAGACGACUGUGUGACAGAGGAAGUCCUCCAGACGCUCUGAUCUUAGAAUCUCCGUUCACCAACAUCCGAGAGGAGGCCAGGAGCCACCCGUUCUCCAUGGUGUACAGAUACCUGCCUGGAUUUGAUUGGUUCUUCCUGGACACCAUCACAGCGAAUAACAUCCGCUUCGCCAGCGAUGAAAAUGUGAAUCACGUUUCCUGUCCAGUGUUGAUCCUCCACGCUGAGGACGACUCGGUGGUUCCCUUCCAUCUCGGCAAAAAGCUGUACAACAUGGCGUCUCAGUCUAAAAGUCUCAGAGGACACAAAGUUCACUUUGUUCCGUUUCCGUCGUCUCUGAAAUAUAAACACAAGUUUAUCUACAGGAGCCCAGAGCUGCCACACAUUCUGAGUGAUUUCCUGGGACCAGCUGGUUCGUGGCCCAGUGAGAAGAGGACGGACGAGUCAGCCUGAAGCUCUUCUUCUCUUCUCUCUCUCUCUUCUCUUCUUCUUUUUUCUCUUCUUCUCUCAUCAGUUGUUGUGAACUGAACAAACACACAAUUCCUUUUCUGUGGUCAUUCCUCACGCACCAACAUGGAGUCACGUUGAUUUCACGUCAGCGAGGAAACAUCUGCUUUUAUCUUUUUAAGAUUUCAUCAUCGUAGCCUGAAACAAGACGGAGCUCGAACUUUACAAUCUGUGAUUUAUUUAGUUUCUCAUCUUGUUUCUGUUUUUACUUUUCAACAUCUGACCACGUCUUGUUUUUAAAAGUCUCUUCUCAGCCUGUUAUGACUUGAAUUAUCAAUAAAAUGUCCUUGUUGA